AACGUAGUGGGGAACCGGCUGACGAGGCUGGAGACACAGAAGGGCCUCUUAGGCAUGAUGAGGAGUUUGGAGUUUGAAUGUUCCCAGAGCCCUCGGGAGCCAUCAGCAGGUUUGGGACCCGGUGAUGCAAUCUGGUGUUCAAGUUUUCAAAGCCCUCCAGGCUCAUGUUGAGUUUUGGGGGCAGGAGGCUGCUGUGUGCGGCCAGGUGAUCCCCCGUGGUGGUCUGGUGGGCAGAGGUGUGAGGUGGAGAGAAGCAGGUAGGACUGAGAGCAGGGUGAGUGUGGCAUGGCCACCCUGGCCUGAGGUUUCACCUCCCAGAAAGCCCCCUCCUGGAAGCAUUUGGGGAGUGUCAGGCCCAGUUACCUUUGGACCCAGGCCACUUCAGGCCUCCUGGGUCUGACAGGGAAAUCCUUGGGGCCUUGAAGCUUCUCUCAUCUGGGGGCUGAGAUUCGGGGUAGCAAAAGGCACCACUGAACACCCCCAGAAUCCCACAACAGCAGAAGGAACCUGCCCUGCCUGCCACCCUCCUUCACCAGGUUCCAAUUCCCACGCAGCCUCCCACCCCCACCCCACAGCUGCUGCUGCGCCCCACCCCCAGGUUCCUAACCGGGACGACCCUCUGCCCACAGAGCCCCCAUUAUCAUUCUAAUGACCAGUUAGGCAGGAAGAGAAUGUUCCAAGUGGCUGCUAGAGGCCAAAGCUUUGGGACAGAAGAAGAGGAAUGCAUCACCCUCCCGCCCUCCACUUCCUCCCCGCACCCUCCUGCGGGGGCAGCAGUCAGAGCUGUCACAAGAUGGAGGUGGAGGAAUGAGCCAUGUUCCCAGCCUGCCAGAUUCCUCACCCCGAAUGCAAACGCACCUUCUCCUAUGUGCUUUCCUGGGAGCUGCGCUGGCCUGCCCGGGGGACUCUGUCUGACUUCACCAUGAGCUCCUUUUCCCCACCCUGUCCUUCAAGUUCAUCCUGUGUCAGCUGCAGACAGGCUGAGGUUUGAAUUUGGCUCUGUUUACUGGGGUGUCCCAGGGCAUGUGACUUUCCUGCCCUGAGUCUCUGUCUCCCUCUUUAUGUGUGGACCCCCGAAGUGUCCUCCUCACCAUGUUCCUCAGUCUGGCAUUUGAGGCCCUGCCUGCCCUGUCCCCUUGAUCACUCUGCUUCAGCCUCCCUUCUGCCCCUUGAACAUACCAGGCUCCUCCCCACCCCAGGGCCUUGGCUUUUACUAUUCUUGCCCCUGCAUUACCUGCCACGAUGUGCCAGGCUUCCUCCUCCAGGAAGCCCUCGCUGACUCCCGUCCCAUAGCAGUCCUCCUCCUCCUGCACUCUGCCUACCCGGCCUUAUCAUGCUGCAAAAUUGGCCAGAGGGCAGACAUCUCCCACUCAGAGAGUUGAAGGAAAGAGUCUCAGGAUUCAUCCCCCCAAAACAUCCACCAUCUGUAGGUCUGGCUCUAUGUCUUUGUUCAUGUCCUGUGGCUCUGGAGACACCAAGGGGGAAAGACCCAGUUUCCCGACUUGCUUCCUGCAUGAUUCUGGGCAAGCCACUCGGCUUCUCUGAAUCAUUAGUUGUUUUUCCAACUUUUCUAGGCCUGGCUCUUCUUAUUUAUGUUUGUGUUUUUUAUUAUUAUUUUAGAGACAAGGUCUUGUUCUGUCGCCCAGGCUAGAGUGUAGUGGCGUGAUCAUAGCUCACUGCAGCCUCCACCUCCCAGAUUCAACUGAUCCUCCUGCCUCAGCCUCCUGGGUCACCGGGAUUACAGGUGUCCACCACCAUGCCCAGCCUAGUCCCACCAAUUGUGUAGGUCACCCGAAUAUUCAGUUUUGCUCCAAGAGGUGGAGACGGACCCCAUUCACUCAGUGAAGUGGAUGGCAGAGCUUCACCUCAAGCUAAGUAGCCACAUUUUCUGGCAACAAAUAACUUUUUUUUUUUGGAGACAGAGCCUCAGUCUGUCACCCGGGCUGGAGUGCAGUGGCACGAUCUCAGCUCACUGCAAUCUCUGCCUCCUGGGUUCAAGAGAUUCUCCAGGUUCAAGCCUCAGCCUCCUGAGUAGCUGGUACUGCAGUCGCCCACCACCAUGCCUGGCUAAUUUUUUGUAUUUUUAGUAGAGACAGGGUUUCACCAUGUUGGGCAGGCUGGUCUGGAACUCCUGACCUCAAGUGAUCCACCCGCCUCAUCCUCCUGAAGUGCUGGGAUUACGGAUGUGAGGCACCGCGCCCGGCCUGGCCACAAAUAAUUUAAUUAUGUCACUGCCCCUGAAAAUCGGUCACCAAAGGGUCUUAUAGCCCCAGGCCCCAAGGCCACCCCGCUGAGUGUGCCAUCAAACUCUGCAGCCUUAAAAACCCAUGGACCCCAGAUGUCCCCAGUCCUGUCCACCCCUUUCAGCGUCCUGAAGCUUGUUCAGUGGCUCCCACUGCCUGAAAUCAGCCCAUCGCCCCCAUCGAAGUCCUUCAUGCUCCAUUCCCCUUUCUUGGUUCCCUCCGCCUUGGGAGCUGGGGACGUCUAGGUCUGGUUCCGUGUCCCACGCUUUGGAGCAGUAGAACCAACGCGCGCGGCCAGCGCAUCUUCUGCCACCAGAGGGCGCCCGCGCCUCAGGCUUUGGCUCCCACACCGCGGCCCGCCAGGCCUCGAUUCAACCCGCGCGUCGCACGAUGAAACUGAGGGCAUCCCCAGCUCAAGGCUGCAGACGCUACUCGGGGCACCGCGGAGGCAGCCGCCUUGGAGCGUGAGCUGCUGGAGGAUUAUCGCUUUGGGCGGCAGCAGCUCGUGGAGCUGUGCGGUCAUGCUAGUGCCGUGGCUGUGACCAAGGUGGGGAAACUGAAGCUCAGAGGUGGCGAGGGGCCUGCCCUGGGUCACGGGGAUGGAAGCAGAGCUGCAACCCAGGUGUGUCUGGCUCUGGAGUAAACCCCCACACCUCGAGGGGCCAGGAGGAUGACACAAGGGUGAUAGCAAUAAUCAUACUAUGGAGUGCUUCACCGUGCAGCCAGCCGUGCUGGGCGUCAGUUUCCUCCUCUGCAACAGGAUAAUAAUGGCAUUCCCGUUGCCCGCUCUCUCCCGGAAGCAGAGGACGGUGCUGGUCGUGUGCGGCCCGGAGCAGAACGGGGCAGUGGGGCUGGUCUGUGCCCGGCACCUGCGGGUGUUUGAGUACGAACCCACCAUCUUCUACCCCACACGCUCGCUGGACAUACUGCAUCGGGACCUGACCACCCAGUGCGAGAAGAUGGACAUCCCCUUCCUGAGCUACCUGCCCACUGAGGUGCAGCUGAUUAACGAAGCCUACGGGCUGGUGGUGGACGCCGUGCUGGGCCCCGGCGUGGAGCCGGGCGAGGUCGGGGGCCCCUGCACCCGCGCGCUGGCCACACUCAAGCUGCUGUCCAUCCCCCUCGUGAGCCUGGACAUCCCCUCAGGCUGGGACGCAGAGACCGGCAGCGAUUCGGAGGACGGGCUGCGGCCUGACGUGCUGGUGUCUCUCGCGGCGCCCAAGCGCUGCGCCGGCCGCUUCUCCGGGCGCCACCACUUCGUGGCCGGCAGGUUCGUGCCCGACGACGUGCGCCGCAAGUUCGCUCUGCGCCUGCCGGGAUACACGGGCACCGACUGCGUCGCGGCACUGUGACCGCCACCCGCGCCCACACCGCAGGGACCCUCGCCAAUAAACAGCCCUCCCACCA